UGUAGCUGUGAGAAGGAGCUGCUGGUACUGGAGACAGUCAGUGCCGACGAGAAGUCUGAAGAAGGUGGAAGUACGUCGCUUCGUCUGACAGCUGUCAGAUAAGAUAAGAUUUCGUUCGGAUUUUUAACCCCGGAGGGUUAGCCACCCAGGAUAACCCAAGAAAGUCAGUGCGUCAUCGAGGACUGUCUAACUUAUUUCCAUUGGGGUCCUUAAUCUUGUCCCCCAGGAUGCGACCCACACCAGUCGACUAACACCCAGGUACCUAUUUGCUGCUAGGUGAACAGGACAACAGGUGUAAGGAAACGUGUCGAAAUGUUUCCACCCGCCGGGAAUCGAACCCGGGCCCUCCGUGUGUGAAGCGGGAGCUUUAGCCACCGGGCCACUCCUUGGACCAUCACUUUUUGCCUUUCAUUGUAUACUUUUUUUGUACACGAUGCCUAGAAGGACUAAACAUUAUACCACGAAGCUUAGCAAGACGAAGAAAAAGCAGAUGCAAGCAAUGAGAAGGGCUAGAAAAAUAGAAAAAGAGGCAGCUGCUUUGGGUGGUGACGCCAUACCAUCACCACCUCAGUCUUCUCAAGAGUUACUACUGCCACCACCCUCCUCUAAAGACGAAUCCUUGUUCACUGCUGGUGAAUUAUUGGAUAUUUCAAAACGAGGGAAAACAAAGGAUAAGAGCACAGCAAAUGUGCCCAGUACCUCCAUGGCCACCAUGGCCACCGUGGCCACCGUGGUCACCUUGACAGCUUCUACUAUCACGACUUCUACCUCCAUGGCCACCUCCAUGGCCACCAUGACGACUACUACCUCUACAGCCACUACCUCCACGGCCAGUCCACAUGUGGCCACCCCACGUUCACGAGGUCGACCUGUGGCCACACGACGUCCAGUUGGCCGACCCAAAGGAUCGAAGACCAAAAGAGGUGUCACAUCUGUGGCCAGCACCUCCAUGGCCACAUCUGUGGCCAGCACCUCCAUGGCCACAUCUGUGGCCAGCACCUCCAUGGCCACAUCUGUGGCCAGCACCUCCAUGGCCACAUCUGUGGCCAGCACCAUGGCCACAUCUGUGGCCAGCACCAUGGCCACAUCUGUGGCCAGCACCUCCACUGCCACCCCAGAUGUGGCCAACAGCUCCAUGGCCACCACUGAUAUUGAUAAUAGUGUUGAACGUGACAGUGACAGUUGUGUUGCGAGUGACAUUCCAGUGUCAACACCUGCACCUGCUCGGGUGUCAAGUGCCAAAAAGAGAGUGUCAUUAUUUAAUACUAUAGAUCCUAGUAGCACUGACAAUAGAAUGAUAAUUCUUGAUCCUAGAAAAUUACAUGAUGAGAUCUUCUCGCAAGUAUUUUGCCCUGAGUGUUGUGUUGGAAAAAUGAAGACUGUAUAUUAUGAACAUCAUCUAGAGGGCAGUGUUGUUCUAGAGUGUACUGUGUGUCCCCAUAAGUUGGGGGAAAAACCGAAGAAGUAUAAAACAAUGAAUGUUGCAACUGGUAAAAUGGUGUAUGGGGAACUGUUAGCAGGUCGUGGAUACUAUUCAUUUAUUCGUAGAAAUGCAGUGUGUAGUUUGCCACGUAUCAGUCUGGAGACAUACAAUAAAUAUGCGUCUAUGAUAACACAAAAAUCUAUUGAGUCAUGUAAGAAAAUACUUGCCGAAUCUAAGGACAUUAUUGUUAAAGAAUAUGGCAAACUGAACAUUGUACCAGAUGACGCAAAAAUUCUUGACAUUGAUGUAACAUAUGACGGAACAUGGCAGACAAGGGGACAUCACUCAAAUAUAGGCAUUGGUGUAGCUAUAGAUGCCUUGACAAAAUUAGUGGUUGAUUAUCAAGUUUUCAGUAAGUACUGUAAUAUGUGUAUCUUUAUGGAAAAUUCUUGGAAGAAAAAGAAAGUAACUAAUGAGAAAUAUGAAGAAUUUCGCAAAAGACACGAGCUUGAAUGCAACAUAAACUAUACAGGAACCUCUGCAAAGAUGGAAAGUGAAGCAGCGGUAAUGAUGUGGCAGCGAUCACUUGAAAAUAAUUUGAGAUACAAAUCAAUUGUGAGUGAUGGUGAUAGCAACACGUAUAAAGCCAUUGUUGACGUCAACGAUGGUGAAGGUCCUUAUCCAGGUGUACAUGUUGAAAAAGAGGAAUGUAUCAAUCACUAUGCUAAACGUCUAAAGACCAGACUAACAAAUUUGGUCAAGUCACAAUAUGUUGAAAGAGAAUUGAAAACUGGGAGGAAGAGGAAGGAGUUUGCAAUGAAGGAAAGGGGCAUGUUGACCGACGUUAUAAUCGAUAAGUUGGCAUACUACUUUCAGAAGAACCUGCGAGAGAAGAUCAAUCAUGAUGUUGAAGAUAUGAGGAAUUGUAUCCUUUCAAGCUUCUUUCAUUGUUCCUCAAGUGAUGAAAAACCACAGCAUCACCUUUGCCCAACAGGUGAUAAUUCCUGGUGUUUCUACCAGAAAGCAAUAGCAGCAAACCUUCCUCCACCGUCUCACACCACAAUGAAAGUACAGUUCAACCUGGAACCUAGAUACUUUGAGGAAGUGCAUAAUAUUUACAAAGACCUAACAACAGAUGAAAUGAUGCAGCGUUGUGUAAAAGGUAGAACGCAAAACCCUAAUGAAAGUCUACAUCAACGCAUAUGGUCUUACUGCAGUAAAGCCCUAUUUCGAACAAAAAGGCAAGCUGAUUUCGCAGUCAGCCAUGCUGUGGCAGACUACAAUAGUGGGUAUGUGAGGAGCUGCCUAGACAUACCACUUGGCUACGGACGUUCAAAAGUGACUCAAAAACACCUUGAAUAUAUGGACAAGAACAUGCAGAAAAUACGAGCCAGAAAAAGGAAGAAGAGGAAAAGGGGACAGGACACGUCCUAUGAACCUGGUGGACAUUAGAUGAUAAUGUGUCCACCUACACCUGGUCAAAGUUUGAUUGGGAUGGAUUGUCAUGACUGGCCGACCUCAGAGAACUUCAGGAUGAAGGGAACUUCAUGGAACUUCAGGAUGAAGGGAUCUUCAUGGAACUUCAGGAUGAAGGGAUCUUCAUGGAACUUCAGGAUGAAGAGAUCUUCAUGGAACUUCAGGAAUAUUGUCUGUACAACCAGUUCUACUCAAUAAAUGUAUAAAAAGGCA